GUCUCGGCGCGAGAAUGUUCUACUCGCACCAGCUCCUCUCGCGGAAGGCGCCGCUCGGCCAGAUAUGGCGCCUCGACAUCAUCAAAAUCUGCGAGGAGAUUCUGAACCCGUCCGUGCCCAUGGCGCUCAGGCUCUCCGGGAUCCUCAUGGGUGGCGUGGUGAUCGUGUACGAGAGGAAGGUGAAGCUCCUCUACGACGAUGUGUCCCGGCUCCUGGUUGAGAUCAACAGGGCAUGGAAGAUCAGGCCGGCCGUGGACCACACCGUCCUCCCCAAGGGGAAAUUGCAGGCCAAGUAUGAAGCAGUGACACUGCCAGAGAACUUGAUGGAUAUGGAGGUGGAGCAGCCCAUGCUUUUCACGGAUACUGAUACUGCCAAGUUCCGGGGAAUGCGUCUGGAGGAUUUGGAUGAACAAUAUGUUAAUGUCAACCUAGAUGAUGAUGACUUAUCCCGUGCCGACCAUCAUCACCAAGCUGAGGCAGUCAACAUUACCCUUGUCGAUCACUUUGAGCCUGGGCUUGCUGAAACUGAUGUCUUCAAUCGUUUUGAGAGAUUUGACAUAGCAGAUGAUGACACGACAGUCAAUAUUACUCCCACUGAACACCCACAGGCUCCAACUUCACUGAUUCCCUCUCCAACAAGGCAGGCAGACCCUCCUCAACAACAAGAACAGUAUCAUGCUGCCCCAUCCCCCAACCACGAAGAACCUCAACAAGGUGAAAUCAAGCACAUGAUUUAGUAUAUUUGAUGAUGAUAUCAUGGGAAAUGGUUUAUUAUCAUGUAAGAUUAGAAAUUAUCUUGGUUGAUGCCACUGGAUAACAUUUUCAUCUCACUUUUGAGCCAGUGACACAUUUACCAUGUUAUUUCAA